AGCCAAAGCGGCUCGGCUUAGCGCUGUCAGCGGGCGGUUAGAAGGAAGAGUUCGCUGCAGCAGCCAGAAGAAUUGCGCAGAGGGAACGUGAGCUCAGCCUCGCAUCUCUCGGGCGGCUUGCAUGAUUUUUUCCCUCUCUCCCACGAUACAGGCAAGAACCAAAUCGUGUGCAAAGUCAAGAUCCACACCGUCAGCGUCCGCACAGCGCACAGCCCAGCAGCCCAGGGCACCAUCCAGCCGCAGCUGGAGAUCUCGCCGCCGCCUUCUCCUUCUUCUCCGCGGAAAUCAGCACCCUCUCCCACCCUCGAAGUCAGCAGAACUAUGUCGCACAAGAAGCUGUUCGAGGACCUUUCGGGCAGAGGCAAAGCCAUCGGAGUCCUGACCAGCGGCGGCGAUGCUCAGGGUAUGAAUGCCGCAGUCCGUGCAGUGGUGCGCAUGGGGAUCUAUGUUGAAGCGAAAGUGUAUUUUAUCUAUGAGGGAUACCAAGGGAUGGUUGAUGGGGGUGAAAAUAUUGUUGAAGUUACAUGGGAGAGUGUUUCAAGUAUCCUCCAAGUGGGGGGGACUGUUAUUGGCAGUGCUCGCUGUAAAGCUUUUCGGACUCGCGAAGGUCGCUUGAAAGCGGCCUGCAAUCUAGUGAAGUAUGGAAUCACAAACCUUUGUGUGAUUGGGGGAGAUGGCAGCUUAACCGGUGCUAAUCUCUUUCGGGCAGAGUGGAGCGGCCUGUUAGAGGAGUUGGCAAGAAAUGGUGAGAUUGAAGAAGAAGCUGUAAAGAACUAUGCUUACCUCAACAUUGUGGGAAUGGUUGGGUCCAUUGACAAUGAUUUCUGUGGGACAGACAUGACUAUUGGCACAGAUUCUGCCCUGCAUAGAAUCAUUGAAGUGGUGGAUGCCAUCAUGACUACUGCUCAAAGCCAUCAGAGGACCUUCGUCUUGGAAGUGAUGGGAAGACACUGCGGGUAUCUGGCACUUGUUAGUGCUUUAGCUUGUGGUGCAGACUAUGUAUUUAUCCCUGAAUAUCCACCUGAAGAAGGAUGGGAAGAUCACAUGUGUGCUAGGCUUUCUGAGAACCGUGCCCGAAAGAAAAGGUUGAAUAUAAUAAUUGUGUCUGAAGGAGCAAUUGAUUCUUUUAACCAGCCUAUCACUUCUGAACAAGUUAAGGAUCUUGUGGUGAAGCGGUUGGGGUUUGACACACGGGUGACCAUUCUUGGCCAUGUGCAACGAGGAGGCACACCCUCUGCUUUUGAUCGGAUUUUGGCCAGCCGUAUGGGUGUGGAGGCUGUCCUUGCUCUUCUGGAAGCCACACCUGAAACACCUGGAUGUGUUGUGACCCUCUCCGGGAACCUGGCUGUCCGCCUGCCUUUAAUGGAGUGUGUUCAAAUGACUCAAGAUGUACAGAAAGCUAUGGAUGAAAGAAGAUUCCGAGAUGCAGUAGAACUCCGUGGAAGGAGUUUUACCAACAACUUGAAUACCUACAAACUCUUGUCUAACAAAAAACCAGAAGACGAACUGCCUAAGAGCAAUUUCACUGUCGCUGUGCUGAAUGUGGGUGCUCCAGCAGCUGGGAUGAAUGCUGCUGUCCGUUCCGCAGUGAGACUUGGGAUCACCGAAGGGCACAAAAUGUUAGCUGUCACUGAUGGCUUUGAAGGCUUUUCUAGAGGGCAGAUUAAAGAAAUCAGGUGGGGAGACGUUGGAGGUUGGACUGGCCAAGGAGGGUCCAUUCUUGGCACCAAACGUACACUCCCUGGAAAGUAUCUGGAGAAGAUUGCAGAACACAUGCGUGCCCACAGCAUCAACGCCCUCCUUGUCAUUGGUGGCUUUGAGGCAUACCUGGGACUAUUGGAACUGUCUUCAGCCCGGGAGAAAUAUGAAGCGUUCUGUAUUCCCAUGGUUAUGGUUCCUGCGACCGUAUCCAACAAUGUACCUGGUUCUGAUUUCAGCAUUGGUGCAGAUACUGCUCUGAACACUAUUACUGAUACCUGUGACCGAAUCAAACUAUCGGCAAGUGGGACGAAACGACGCGUGUUCAUCAUUGAGACCAUGGGAGGCUACUGUGGUUACUUGGCUAACAUGGGAGCUUUGGCUGCAGGUGCAGAUGCUGCCUAUAUUUUUGAAGAAAAAUUUGACAUUCGGGAGCUACAGGCCAAUGUGGAACAUCUGACCCAAAAGAUGAAAACCAACAUUCAGCGAGGCUUGGUACUCAGGGUGGUGCUCCUUCUCCAUUUGAUAGAAACUUUGGGACAAAAAUAGCAGCAAAAGCUAUGCUGUGGAUCUCGAAGCAACUGAAAGAGUGCUACCGAAGAGGUAAGGAAAUCUUAGAUGUAUUUCAUGGCAUGGUUUAGUGAACCAGCUGCAAAUUGCCACUAGACCUGGGAAGCAGGGGGACCAUGGUUGGAAAUUAAAUGGAUUUUUAAAAUUAUUUUUUUUAUUAAAUUUAUUUUCCACCCAUUUCAUUGAUAAAGGCAACUUCUGCAGGAAAACAACCAAGCUCAGAGAGAACCAAAGGCCCCCUCAUUUCAAUCCUGAACUACACAAAUAUUCUCUAUUAUUUUCUAUGUCAUAAUAUUUAGUAGGAAUGUCCAUGAAAUGAGAUAAGAGAUUUUAUUCCAAAUCCAAAGCAGACUGUCCCAUUCUAACAAGUUCUGUUAGAACUUUUCAGAUUGGCUAAAAUUCAGUAAAAUAAAAAAACUACAGAUUUUUAUUUUGAUCCAAAGCCAGAAUAAUAAAAAUACACUGUAGUUUUUAUUAUUCUGGCUUUGGAUCAAAAUAAAAAUCAGAAAGAAUUCAGAGUGGUUGAGUGCGUCAUCCUUCUUUUCUGCCAUAUUUUUUUUUCAUGAGCUAUGAGUGGACCCAUCUUGACUCUGUUCUGGAUUUGGUCUUUUGUUCAAUCACCUUUGCUGAUGUCCCAGCACUGGCUCACUUGUCUCUAUCUUCUCAUUCUCUUCUUCCCCUGCUGUUGUGACCCAGACCCAAGUAGGUAGUAAUAAAUUUAGUCCAUGGAAAAACAAACUUUAUUUGAACAGCUGGGAAUUACUUCAUUCCCAGCGUCGUUCAACUCAAAGUAAAACAAAUGCUUCCCAACACCAAUUCCUCAGUUAUCUAACAAACCUUAGUCCAAUUAGCCAAACUGCCAAAGGCCCUUCCUGGCAAACAUCCAGAAGCCACAAAAAGAAAGACGUACACGAAGCAGAAGACAGAGCAGAAGACGCAGCUACAACAUUGUUUUCCGGCAAAGCUGAAAUGCUGGUGCUGAUCUGUUUUAAGCCUUAUGGGAGGGGCCAAUCAUCUCUUGGCCCUACUCCCAAGUUGUCCUCUCUGCUUGACCUGCUCUUGCCUUUUGGCAGCUCUUCUCAUGUGUGCAUUAGAAACAGGCUCCUUCAGUUCCUCUUCCUCACUACUAUCAGUCUCUGGAGGCUCUGGAGUCCGCACCUCACAUCCCGAUGGCCCUGGCCUCACCUCAGCCUCAUCACUGUCUGACUCUGUUGCCAGCUCCAUAGGCUGCUGAGAGACCACAACACCUCCUCCUCUCAGCAUUGUUAUAGAACACAAUCUCCCCAUUCCAUUUUACUUAUGGACCAAACUUCUGGUUUGGCCACAGAAUACCUAUUUUGUGCAUAGAAUAUUUCUCACAUUUCUAAUAUUUAGUAUUCAACUUAGGUUCUAUAGGAUCAGACUUUUUAACUAUGCAGAUACCCAUGAAUGCAGACCCAUUCACUUACGCACAGAAUAAGGGUUUAUUUUUUUUACCCUACUGUUGAAAAUAUUUGUGAGGGAUAAUUCACCUUUCAGGGUACAUUAAGAGUAGUUGCUUGCUUACAUGUAUAAGGGCUAAAGCCGUGAUGGUGAAUCUAUGGCACGUGCCAGAGGUGGCACGCAGAGCCGUCUCUUUGGGCACGCGCGCUGUCACCAGCUGCUCUUCUAGUUUUUGGUACUGCGCACUGGCCAGCUGAUUUUUGUACAUGCGCACUGGCCAGCUGAUCUUUGUGGAUGCCAGAGUGCUGGAAAACAGCCAGAAAACAGCCUGAAAACAGC